CCGGGAGCACACCGGGAGCUUCAGGAGCACCGGGAGCGGUGGGAAUACCGAGAACACCGGGAGCAGCGGGAGCACCGAGAUAACCGGGAGCCCCGGCAGCGGAGCAGAGGGAGCUCCGGGAGCACCGGAAUAACCGGGAGUGGUGGGAACCCCGUGAACACCGGGAGCACCGGGAUAACCGGGAGCUCGGGAAACACCGGGAAACACGGGAUGCUCCGGUGACGGCGCCGCCAUGGACCCGCGGCGCCCGAACGGGUCCCUCCUCUGCCCCGGGAACGGGAACGGCACCGGGAACGGCUGCGACAUCCCCGGCAGGAGCGGCCGGGGCGGAACGGGGACGGGAGACCUGGACCUGAUGGUCCGCGUCCUCCUCUACGCGGUGAUCUUCGUGCUGAGCCUCUGCGGGAACGCGCUGGUGGUGGCCGUGCUGCUCCUCAACCGUCGGCUCCGCACCGUCACCAACUCCUUCCUCCUCUCGCUGGCGCUCAGCGACCUCAUGUUGGCGCUUUGCUGUAUGCCCUUCACCCUCAUCCCCAACCUCAUGGGCACCUUCGUCUUCGGAGAGGUCGUCUGCAAGCUCAUGGCAUACCUGAUGGGCGUCUCGGUCUCGGUCUCCACCUUCAGCCUGGUGGCCAUCGCCAUCGAGCGCUACAGCGCCAUCUGCAAACCGCUGCAGUCGCGCUCGUGGCAGACGCGGUCGCACGCCUGCCGGGUGAUCGCCGGCACGUGGCUCCUCUCGGCGCUCCUCAUGCUGCCCUACGCCGUCUACAGCACCACCCGCCCGCCCGGCACACAGUGCUCCCACCACUGGCCCAGCGACCGCGUCCGCCAGGCCUGGUACAUCCUGCUGCUCCUCAUCCUCUUCUUCAUCCCGGGCGUGGUGAUGAUCGUGGCCUACGGACUCAUCUCCCGCGAGCUCUACCGGGGGAUCCGCUUCGAGCUGGACAUCAAGGGGGACCCUGGAGCCCAGCGCAGCGUCAGCGCGGAGCCGCCCUGCGACGACGGCGACGGUUGCUACCUGCAGGCGUGGCGGCCGGGCGGCUCCGCGCUGGCGCUGCGGGCGCUGGGCGCGCAGCAGGACCGGGCGCGCAUCAACAGCUCGGAGGCCAAGCUGGUGGCCAAGCGGCGCGUGAUCCGCAUGCUGGUGGUCAUCGUGGCCAUGUUCUUCCUCUGCUGGCUGCCCGUCUUCACCGCCAACACGUGGAAGGCCUUCUCGCCGGCGGCGGCGCAGCGGGCGCUCUCGGGGGCGCCCAUCUCCUUCAUCCACCUCCUCUCCUACACCUCCGCCUGCGCCAACCCCCUCAUCUACUGCUUCAUGAACCGACGCUUCCGCGCGGCCUUCCUGGCGUCGUGCGACGGCUGCCGCCGCGCCUGCCCGCGCCGCGCGCCCCACGCCGACCCCAACGCCGCCGCCGCCGCAUCGCUCUCCAAGUUCAGCUACACCACCGUCAGCAGCCUCGGGGCGCCCUGACGGGGAACCCCCGAGAGGGGACACCGGCCCUCCUGACCCACAGCCCCCCGGCGCCCCCCCAGUGCACCCCAGUGCCUCCCAGUGCC